UGGGCAUUUCGGGAGCAGGAUCCUGUCACAUCUUAGCGUAAACAAUUUGGACGUGUUGCAGAUUGUGGGCCGGUUGCCAGAAAUGCAACUCAGAGCGUCAUUACAUGGAGCUGUUUGUUGUGGAAGGUGUGGUAACAGAUGGUAACCGGUGUUGUAACUACGGAGGCCUGUUACAGAUGGCAGAAUGAAAACAACUAAAGGUGCACAACAGUUUUAUGGCUACUUCCUGGAUUAGAAUUGUGGAUGGAUCAAUAUCACAGAAGUUCUGAUUUUCAUCGUUCAUGGGAUAUGGACAUCGCUGGCAAAUACAGCGUUUAUUAUCCAUGAGGAGACAGUUCCUAAACACAACCGAGUGGUUUGCUGAGCUAUUGGAGAGGACUGUUAAGGCACAACCACGCUGCUGCGGGUCUGGAGUCACGUGUAGUACAGACAGGGAGCAAGAAUUAUUUCACCUGAGCAACAAGUGGAUCUUUGUCAAUUGAUGGUGAGGAACCCAUACUGCAUGUGCCUGAGUCAAAUCACAGGAUUAACCCAACACAUACGAUACACCACCAGUGAAACCAGAUUCCUGGUUGAUGUAACCACUAUCGUGUGUCUGAGCUGCAAAGCUGACUUCCAGUCGAACCUGUCUCCGGUUCAGGCUACUCAUCACUACAAUAAUUCAGCGGCAGGAUGGUUCACUUGUAAUGUAUGGAUCUAGUAAUCUUCACACAUUCCAACUCAGGAACUGAGGGGGCGAUCACAGCCAAUAAUUGACCAUAAUGCCUCCGGGAAUACAUUACAAUCAGGAUUUCUGGACUGAAGAUGAGAGCCCAGAUGUGGAGGUUGAAUUCCUGUUGCCGACGGGGAUUUACUUGAACUUCUUUGUGCCUCGUAGUUCCACAAUCAAAUACAUCAAAAAGUUACUUUGGCAGCAGGCACAACAUCAACCCCUCUUCCACACUUUAAACAAGCCAGAUGCUUACGUCUUCACCUGCAUCAACCACACAGCGGAACAGGAGGAGCUCGAAGAUGAACACCGGCGUCUCUGUGACGUACGGCCGUUCCUCCCGAUCCUGAAACUUGUAGCGAGAGAAGGAGACCGAGAAGAAAAGCUCAUUAAUUCACAGAUCAGCCUUCUCAUUGGAAAGGGUCUCCAUGAGUUUGACAGUCUGCAUGAUUCUGAGGUGAAUGAGUUUCGUGGGAGUAUACGGCAGUUCUGUGAGGAGAGAGCAGAAGAGAGACAACGGUUCUCAUGGCAGCAUUGGAUGGAAUACAGUUUUCCUAGAGACCUGGAGCCUAUCCCAGAGGUACCGGAUAACAGCAUUACCAGGAAGCACAGCAACCGAAACAUUGUCAUAAAUGUGAAGUUUCAAUACACUGAAGAAAGUUUCAGCUUCCAAAUUUCCUCCCAGGCUCCUCCUGCACUGCUGAUGAAAUUAGCUGUGAAAAAGAAAGCAACGGUUUUCCGACAUAAAGUAGUUGACGAUGCAGAGGAUUACACACUGCAGGUGAACGGGACGGAAGAUUAUAUCUAUGGAAACUAUCCCCUCAGCCGAUUCAAGUAUAUCUGUAAUUGUAUGUCCAGCAACCUAACUCCACAUUUGACGAUGGUCCAUUAUUCCACGAUCAAGUCCUACCAGGAUGAGCAGUUCAGCAGCCUGGGUCAAAUCACAAAGGCACGGCCCCAUUCCAAACCACCGCCUCUUCCAGUUAAAAAGCAAUUUGGAACCAGCCUGUGGAACCUGGAGAAGCCAUUUGCGAUCAGUUUAAUUUCGGGGAGCAAAGUAAACGCAGAUGAAGGAAUGAAGCUGGUUGUUCAAGCCGGGUUAUUUCAUGGCAGUGAGAUGCUCUGUAAGACGGUAUACAGCCACGAGGUUAACAUGUGCUCCGAGCCGCUGUGGAACCAGAGUCUGGAGUUUGACAUCAACAUCUGUGACCUCCCACGGAUGACGCGUCUGUGCUUUGCUCUCUACGCCGUGAUUGAAAAGGCCAAGAAAGCUCGCUCGACCAAGAAGAAAUCAAAAAAGGCGGACUGUCCAAUCGCGUGGGUGAACACCAUGGUGUUUGACUACAAGGAUCAGCUGAAGACAGGGGAGACGUGGCUGUUUACCUGGCCAUCAGUACCCGAUGACAAGGGAGAGCUGUUGAACCCGAUGGGCACUGUACAGAGUAACCCGAACACUGACAGCUCUGCAGCCUUACAUAUCAAUUUCCACAGUGCCGUGUCCCACCCUAUCUACUACCCAUCCUUGGAAAAGAUUCUCGAAUUGGGUAAGAAUGGAGAUCGUGUAAAAGCAUCACAGGCUGAGCAACAGCAGUUGAAGGAGAUUAUGGAACGUAAAGCAUGCACCGAAUUCUUUGAGGAUGAGAAGGAUCUCGUUUGGAAGCUCAGAUAUGAAGUGCGUGAGCAUUUCCCCGAAGCCCUCGCUAAGCUGCUGUCCAUAACCAAGUGGAAUAAACAUGAAGAUGUUGCUCAGAUGAUCUAUCUCCUGCAGUCAUGGAAAGAACUGCCUGCACUGAACGCCCUGGAACUUCUGGACUAUAGCUUCCCCAGUCGCUACGUCCGCCUACUGGCAAUAAACUGCUUAAAAAAGUUGAGUGAAGAAGAGCUGUUGCAGUAUCUACUGCAGCUGGUGCAAGUGCUGAAAUAUGAGCCCUACUUAGAUUCUGAACUAACCAAGUUCCUGCUGGACAGAGCUUUGAGCAACAAAAAGAUAGGACACUUCCUAUUCUGGCAUCUCAGGUCAGAAAUGCAUUUCCCAGCAGUCUCACUGCGGUUUGGAUUAAUUUUGGAGGCAUAUUGUCGAGGGACAAACUACCACAUGAAGUCUUUGCUGAAGCAGUGUGAAGCACUGAAGAAAAUGAAGGCCCUCAAUGAUUUUGUCAAGUCCAGUUCCCAGAAGACAACUAAACCCAAAACUAAAGAAGCCAUGCAUCUGUUUAUGAGACAGGACACUUACAAGGAAGCUCUUUCCAACCUCUACUCCCCCCUUAACCCCAGUAUCCUCCUCACAGAGCUCUGGGUGGAGAAGUGCAAAUUCAUGGAUUCCAAAAUGAAACCCCUGUGGAUUGUUCACAAAAAUCAGAGAUAUGAUGGGAAUCCCAUGGGUAUCUUAUUCAAGAAUGGAGAUGAUCUACGGCAGGACAUGCUGACGAUUCAGAUGAUUCAGCUAAUGGAUGUUUUGUGGAAAAAGCAGGGCCUGGAUUACAGGAUGAUUCCUUAUGCCUGUCUUUCCACUGGAGACAAGACUGGAGUGAUCGAGGUGGUUUCACACGCAGAAACAAUCGCAAAUAUCCAGCUCACCAAAAGCAACAUGGCAGCUACUGCAGCUUUCAACAAGGAUGCUCUGCUCAACUGGUUAAAGUCAAAGAACCCUGGGGAGGCAUUAGAUCGAGCCAUUGAGGAGUUCACUCUCUCGUGUGCUGGCUACUGUGUAGCUACCUAUGUGCUCGGAAUUGGAGACCGACACAGUGACAACAUUAUGAUCAAGGAAAAUGGACAGCUCUUUCACAUCGAUUUCGGACACUUCCUUGGAAACUUCAAGAGCAAGUUUGGAAUCAACAGAGAGCGCGUGCCGUUCAUUUUAACGCACGACUUUGUUCACGUGAUACAGCAAGGAAAGACCAGCAACAGUGAGAAGUUUGAAAGGUUCCGGAAGUGUUGUGAACAAGCCUACAUGAUUCUGAGGAAGCACUGCCCUCUCUUCAUUAACCUCUUUGCACUGAUGCAGGCAGCUGGAUUACCAGAGCUCAGCUGUUCCAAAGAUAUCCAGUAUCUCAAGGAUUCAUUAGCAUUAGGAAAAACGGAAGAUGAGGCGCUUAAACACUUCAAAAUGAAAUUUGACGAGGCACUGCGAGAAAGUUGGAAAACCAAAGUGAACUGGAUGGCUCACAACGUAGCCAAAGAUAAUCGAUCGUAGCUGAACUCUCCCUGUCCAGCCUUUAGCCGGAUGAACCAAAGUAAGAGGCGGCUAAAGUAACUGAUGACAACCUGUCAGUGUGCUGUAGCUACAAAGAUGCCCCUAAGUGAUUGCCAAGCCAAUGUGUUUAUGAAGAUUGCCCAGCUUUCUCGAUAUUACAUGACUUUUAAACGAUGUUUACAUGUGCAAUGUAGUUACUUGCACUGUCUGCAACCACUUCCCUUCGAUUCCAGGGUCCUGGCUACAGAACUGGCACUGAAUAUGCAUUUUACUUAUCCAGGUUUAAGGGCCUCCAGCCCCCUCUCUAUUGGCCUGUUGCACUCUCAACACAGCCUGUAAUCGUCUCAGAUUUUGUUUAGCUGUUCAGUAAACUCGGCGAGACCGUGGAGUGGCAGUAAGCAGGGGAAGGUGCAAGUAAAGCUCAAGUAGAUGGUUUUCGGUGCUGAUGCUACCUUUCCCUGUGACAGCAACAAGUCCGCUCUCGACCAAGCUUCUCCUAGGCGACAAAGGGCCAGUCGUGAACUUCAAGCACCAACGUCUUCCUGAGCCCAGUCCUGGGUCACUUCGGACCGAGGCUGCGUCUGUGCCCUCGCUCCCCCCCCCCCCCCCCCCUCCCGCCCCCUGCCGCUGAUACAAGGCCCACUGCUUCUGUGAAGCAGCAGAAAGCCCACAUCACUUUGCACGUUCAAACGUCAAUCAGAGAAGCAUCCGAAUACUUCAGGACUGUUUGUUGGCCCAUCCUUGACCCCGAUGGGUCAUUGAGUUGCCUUGUGAUGGCAGGAACAAAGUAUCUUGUACAUUAUUCCAGUGUCCCAAUCUUCGAUGAAGAGUUGGCUGUUGUCAAGCCCAAUGUGAAUCUUGAAUCCAGAAUGAUGUGAACAGAGGGGAGCUGACCAAGAGGGACUGUUUAUACAAAAUAGGCCGCACCUGCUUCCUGAAUCACUUUUAUCACAAGAAAGGAAAAUACGGCUAUAUUUAUAAGUGGUUGAAAAUGACCGAAAGGUACUAAUUUAAUGAGCUGUACUGUUGGUGGGUACUUAAUCAUUUGUACUGUAGAUAAAUGGCUGACAGUUUCUGGCCAUUAACAAAACAACAGUACUGCAACGCACAAAGGGAGGGAGGGAGGGACAAUGUCUUUUCCACUUCUGUGAAGCCACAUUUAACAGCAGCACCCCCACCCCACCCUGCAGCCAACCAUUAAUAACAUCUCUUUCAGGGGAAGUUGAUGAUGCAAUCCUGCCAGGACAAAGUCUUCCCAAAGUUUGAAAGCUGUAAUGGUUUCAGAGGGGGAAGUGUGGGGAGGGAAUGGGAAGGGAUCUUAUGGGAAAUGGCAGGGUGGGGGAAUGCGGAAUGGAUGGGGGAGGGAGCUACAUUCACAAUUUCAGCUCCUUUGAACAUCAGAAACUGCUGAAGAGACAAUGAGAAAGUAAGGUCACCAAGUACCUGAUAGAUAUUGGUGAGGGAUCAAUGCAAGAUGACUUGUUCCAAUGUCCAUUGCUGAUGAAUUUUGGGAUACUUUUCCAAAGAUCAAAAAAAACCGCUCUGGAUAUGGGAUACCUUGAUUCCAGAUUUAGCUUUGGCCGUACCUUCCACCAAAGCAACCUUGUGUUGGUCUCUCUUAUUUGUUUAGAUGCAAGGAUAGGCUAAUUGCACCUUGAUAAAGUUAAAUGUGCCUUUAUUUGGCUUCUUAUGCAAAGUUAUUUGUGUAAAUCGAGCUUAUUUAAUAUUUGCAUAUUUAAAAAUAAGGUUGAAUGUUUUUUUUUCAUUUCUGGCACAUUUUGUGCAGCACAGAAUCUUGAGCUGUUGCUCUAAAAGGAUUAUGUUUACAAAAUUAAUACCCCGGGAUCUCUGAAA